CCAACAUCAACUGCGCACCAGACGCCGCGCCGGACCUUGCACGCAGCCAACGCCCGUCUCCAUUGCAGACACUGCUCCGCACGCGACGGCAGCAGCAGCCAUGAGCACCGGCGAGCCCUUCUACCUGCGAUACUACUCUGGUCACCAAGGCCGCUUCGGCCACGAGUUUCUGGAGUUUGACUUUCGCGUUCUUGGAGACGGCCGCAGCGCGUCUGCCCGCUAUGCCAACAAUUCCAACUACCGCAACGAUUCGCUGAUCCGAAAAGAGAUGUGUGUCAGCGACACCUUGGUGGCUGAGAUCAAGCGUAUUGUCAAAGAGAGCGAAAUCCUCAAGGAAGACGACACAAAGUGGCCGCAGAAGAACAAGGACGGCCGUCAAGAGCUGGAAAUUCGGCUAGGCAGCGAGCACAUCUCCUUCGAGACGGCCAAGAUUGGCUCGCUCCAGGACGUUUCCGAGUCGUCAGAUCCUGAGGGCCUCCGUGUCUUCUACUACCUUGUUCAGGACCUCAAGGCUCUGGUAUUCUCGCUCAUAGCACUCCACUUCAAGAUCAAACCCAUCUAGGCUUUUCAGCAAGGCUGGCAGUGGGCCCGGACGCAACAAGGGGGACGCUGUUGUUGUUGUUGCUGUCGUUGUUGUUGCAGCCACAGCAGGCCGCAUUCUCAUGAUGCGCAGGGGCGGGCCCAGUGCGGCGGCGUACCGAGCGUGCUGGCGGAAUGCAAUGUUACAUAGACAUUCUUCACAAGCAGCGGCAGCAUGGAUGGCUGAGUCAGACGGCGUGGCGGGCAUGGGCGCUGAGGGCACGCUAGCAGGCGCAGAGCAUGUGAAUCAGCGAUGGCAAGGCGUCGGGCAUGGGCAUGGGCAAGGGCUGCCGGGCGGGCAAUCGUGUACAUGGAUAGAUAGGCGUUUCAACGUGGAUGAAGCUGGCUGCCCGUCGGGCGUGUGGUCGGGCCCCAUGUCAUGCCACGUGAGGCUAGCGUCUUUCCCCGCGUAGGGUUCAGCCCUCAGACCCACUGCA